AUGGAGGCGGGGGGCGUGGGCCUGGCGCUGCAGACGCGGGCGGCGGGCUUCGGCUCCGGCCGGCGCCGGGGCGGCCUACAGUCGCCCAGCGGCAGCCUGAGAGUCGCUGACCCGUCGGGAGCAGCGGUUGCUGUGCGGGCUCGCGGGUCUAAGCCCGUCGCACCGCUCCGUGCGAAGAAAUCGUUCGGUGGUCAUGAAAACUUGCAUAACUCCGUUGACGAAGCUCUCCUAUUGAAGAGAAAAUCAGAAGAAGUCCUGUUCUACUUGAACGGGAGGUGUAUUUACUUAGUAGGAAUGAUGGGUUCUGGAAAAAGUACCGUGGGGAAGAUUAUGUCUGAAGUCUUGGGUUAUUCGUGCUUCGAUAGUGACAAAUUAGUGGAGCAAGCUGUUGGAAUUCCUUCAGUUGCCCAAAUAUUCAAGGUUCAUAGCGAAGCCUUCUUUCGGGAUAAUGAGAGUAGUGUCUUGAGAGAUUUGUCCUCCAUGCGACGAUUAGUUGUUGCCACCGGAGGUGGUGCUGUUAUCCGACCAGUUAACUGGAAAUAUAUGAAGAAGGGACUAUCUGUUUGGUUAGAUGUGCCCUUGGAUGCUCUUGCUAGGCGUAUUGCUAAAGUGGGAACUGCCUCUCGUCCUCUUCUGGAUCAACCAUCUGGUGAUCCAUACACAAUGGCCUUUUCUAAGCUCAGCAUGCUUGCAGAGCAAAGGGGUGAUGUUUAUGCAAAUGCAGAUGUCAGGGUUUCUCUGGAAGAGAUUGCAUCUAAACAAGGUCACCAUGAUGUCUCUAAGCUGACACCCACUGAUAUCGCAAUUGAGUCACUUCAUAAGAUCGAGAGCUUUGUCAGCGAGCACACUCCAGAUAAUCCAGCUAGCGACUCGCAAGCUGAGUCGCAGAUCCAAAGGAUACAGACUUUGUAG